AUGUCGAAAUCAGUGGCUCUCCCGCGUGUGACGCCCACAAAAGAUUCCGCAUGGUCUUCUCUUGUGCGUCGGAGUAUCGCCGCUUGGAAUGAUCUCGUACCUGAUGAGCAGCCGGACUCCAAAGACCUCCAUAAGGAAUUGUUAAGCGGAUAUCACUCCUUGGACGACUUUCUUGCUGAGAGUCCCAAUUCCGUCACUUUUUGGUUCUUCCAAAGACGAGGUGCUUUCAUGUCGCAAAGGCGCUUCAGGAAGUGGUCCAGCGAAGUCUUAGAUGACUAUGUUCUCAUACCUGCCGCGCGCGGCUAUGUUUGGCGGACAGAUUGCUUUUUCGUCAGUCAUUUCUGGCGCGACAGGAAGAAUCCCGAUCCAGAUGGGCAGACCCUACGCCUUCACCAAGCUGAACUGAAGGCGCAAACAUGGUCAUACAUCUGGGUGGACUGGACAUGCCUGCCUCAACAUCCACGAUCACCGUCAGAAGAAACGUACUUCCAUCACGGCCUGCGGACCAUGUCAGGCAUCAUCCGCAACGCUGCCUUCAUAUACUUUUACCCGCCUUUUAGGCCACGCCUAUGGAUAUUAUAUGAGGUAGCCGAGUACUACCUCACAUGCUCCGGAGGCCUGCCAAAGACACACGAUAUCGAAUUGUUUCUUGAGCAUAUCGAUGAGAUGAUUGAAAAGGGGGUCCAGAAGACGUUGGAGAAGCACCGUUACCAUUGUUACGAAGACCGCGAUAGACAGUACCUGACAUCUUGGCUGGAACUGCUUGUUCUUUUCCAGCAGCUCAAGGUUGACAUUGAUCUCGUACGAAUGAUAAUGGACAACAUGACAUGGUCCGAUGCAGGUUCGCUGACAUAUCUGGGGUUGUUGGAACUGAACAGAUAUGAAGGCUCCCUGACAUACCUUGGGGACAAGCAUACCUUCACGCCAUUUCCAAAAUGGAUGACUCAAAAAAAAACUAAAAAUUAA